CUGUAACGAUCACACUCUCUCCGUUGUCCGGUUGUUUUCUUCUCUGCUCAGUCGUUUGAGAAUCAUGCAACUGCAGAUGAAAAUCAUUUUGGGUUAUUAUGAAUAGCAUUAUAGGGCGCAGUUACUUUGCACAACAAUGUUCAAUUGUUUGCAUACAUCUCGUCAGAAUUCUAUGCUGAGUCUAUGCGGCGCAUUGAUAGAGACACGAGCCAAAAGCAGCUGGCAGGAAAAGAUUAGAGAAGAUAAGAUAAGAGAAGACCAGGUGCAGUGAUGGUGGAGGACAGGACCGUCAUGAGGGGACGGGUCACAGUGUACUCCGUGCCAGGCUGUGCACACUGCAUACAGGCCAAAGCCACUCUGAGAGCGCUCGGUGUGCCUGUGUGUGAGGUGGAUGUGAACAAACACAGAGAAUUAAGAGCACGACUGAAAGAGCUCACAGGUCUCAGUGCCGUGCCACAGAUAUUCUUCAAUAACCUGUUUGUGGGAAACAACGAGGACCUCCAGAACCUGGUGAGACAAGAAACGGAUCCUGAGCGUCUGGAGCGUCUCGUCCUGUCAGUACGAGAGGACCCCGUGCCUCUGGACGCUCCUCCUGUACCUGAGGAGCACAGCCUCGACUCUGAUGGUGAGUUGGAUGGAGCAGCCUGUGAGCUCUCGGAGGCUCUGAGGAAUCUGAUCCUGCAACUCUACUCUGAUCAUCUUUCUGAAGAUGGCAAGAGAGUUGAUUACAAGGCCAUGUCCCGAAGCCCGUUCUUCGAGCGGUACUGUGAUCUAGCUGUCCACCUUCAGCGCGUGGAUCUGCUGUCUCUGAGUCGUGAAGAGAAACUGGCUUUCUUUAUCAACAUCUACAACGCCCUCGUCAUCCACGGGAACCUGCGUCUUGGCUUUCCCAAAAACAUAUGGCAAAGGUAUCGGUUCUUCAACUAUGUGAGCUACUUCAUUGGCGGUGAGGUGUACACACUGCAGGAUAUUGAAAAUGGGGUGCUCAGAGGAAAUCGCAAAGGUGUGGCACAGCUCCUGAAGCCCUUUUCCAGGAACGACCCUCGACUGCAGGUGGCACUUCCUGAUGUUGAGCCUCUCAUUCAUUUUGCACUGAACUGUGGUGCAAAGGGCUGCCCUCCAAUUAAGACAUACACAUCACAGGACAUUGACAGUCAGUUGCGAGCCGCAGCAGAAGCGUUCCUGGAGAAUGACGACAGCUGCGUGAUCGACAGCGCGGGGCGAGAAGUGAAACUGAGCCAGAUCUUCAAGUGGUACAAGGCAGAUUUUGGAGGCAGCGAUGAGAAGCUGCUGAACUGGGUGUUUGAGCAUAUGGGAGCGUCACAGAAGAAGAGGACUCUACAGGCUCUGCUGUCAGAAGGAAAGGUCAAAGUCAGCUAUCUGCCCUAUGACUGGUCUAUAAACAGCACAGACUGACCUAAACCACAUUCUCACACACUUGAUCACUCUGUCGCUCACGUAUUGUGUGUUUCUGCUGAACACGUGCAGCCUGGACGAGCGAUUCAGAACAAAACUGUACCCUGAAACUAUGCAUUUCGAUCCCUUUACCUUGAUCUUCCACCUCCCAAAGGGCAAUGUGAUACUGUAGCCUAAUAUUUCUAAUGAAAUUUUAUACCUAUAAUUUUCCAAAUUGUAUUGCAGUGUUUUGCACUGAUUAUUAUGCAGUUACAUGUUAGAAAUAUUCUCAUGCAAGGAUGUCUUUAAUUUAUCCACAUUAUUAUAUGUAUUGUAAUG